AUGGCGCCCGUGCUGCCCCUGGCGCUGCCGCCGCGGCCCCGCGUGCGCCUGGCGCAGGGGCUCUGGCUCCUGUCCUGGGCGCUGGCGCUGGCCGGCGGCCUCACGCUGCUGUGUAGCGGGCACCUCCUGGUCCAGCUGUCGCGCCUUCGCACCUUCCUGGCUCCCUCCUGCCCGUUCGCCGCGCUGCCGCAGGUGGCCCUGGCGGCGGGCGCCGCGGCUCUGGGCACGGGACUGGCGGGCGCGGGAGCCAGCAGGGCCAGUUUGGACGCCGCGCAGUACCCGCCCUGGCGGAGGGUCCUGGGCCCCCUGCUGGUGGCCGGCACCGCGGGGGGUGGCGGGCUGCUGGUCCUCUCCCUGGGGCUGGCCGCAGCUCUGCCUGGCAGUCUGGACUCGGGGCUGGAGGAGGGCCUGGGCGCUGCCAUGGCUCACUACAAGGACACAGAGGUGCCGGGACACUGCCACGCCAAGCGGCUGCUGGAUGAGCUGCAGCUCAGGCACCACUGCUGCGGCUGCCGUGGGUUCAAGGACUGGUUUGGGGUCCAGUGGGUCAGCAGCCGGUACCUGGACCCCAACGACCAGGAUGUGGUUGACCGGAUCCAGAGCAACGUGGAAGGCCUCUAUCUGAUUGACGGGGUCCCCUUUUCCUGCUGCAACCCCCACUCACCGCGGCCUUGCCUGCAAGACCAGCUCUCAGACCCCCACGCCCACCCCCUCUUUGAUCCCCGUCAGCCCAACCUCAACCUCUGGCCUCAGGGGUGCCACGGGGUGCUGCUGGGGCACCUGCAGGGGCUGGCGAGCACGCUGGGCAGCAUGCUGGCCGUCACCUUCCUGCUGCAGACUGUGGUGCUCCUGGGCCUGCGGUACCUGCAGACGGCGCUGGAGGGGCUUGGAGGAGUCAUCGAUGGGGAAGGGGAUGCCCAGGGCUAUCUCCUUCCCGGGGGGCUGAGGCACAGGCUGAAGAUGGCCUGGCUGCAGGGAGGGGCUGCCCGCAGGCCAGCACCGGGGGAGGCCCCUCCCGAAGAGGCACCGCCCACAGAGGACCCACCUGAGGCCUAG